UAUACUUUCAUGGAUAAAGCGUAUUUUUAUAAAAUAGGAUUUGAAGAUUUUUUUUUUGAAUUUUUGAAUUUUUUUUUUGAAUUUUUGAAUUUUUUUUGAUCGUUUUAAUUACCAAAAAGACCAUGGAUUAUGAUGAAUUGCAGCUGGGACCGUCCGUUCAUCCUCAACCGCUCAGCCCGUGCACGUGUGAGUGUGUAAUGUAUUACCAUAAGUUGACAUGCCGAGUGUCCACACCAAAUAAUCGAAUCAAGCCCGCUGUCUUGUUUGUGAAAGUAGCCAUUUAAACCUUGGCAACACCCCUGAUUUCAAAACCCUAGAAAUUCAAAAUUGGAUUCUAGGGCAAGAUAUGGCCGGAGCUUCCCGAGACCAAGCACUGGCUCUCCUCGCCGCUGCCAACAACCAUGGAGAUUUGGCCGUAAAGCUCUCUUCUCUUAGACAGGCCAAAGAUAUCUUACUAGCCGUUCACCCCUCAUUUGCAGCCGAGCUUUUUCCCUACUUAGUCGAGCUUCAGUCUUCUCCCGAAACCCUAGUUCGAAAAUCUCUCAUAGAGGCAAUAGAAGAGAUUGGUUUGAAAGCAAUGGAGCAUUCUUCUAUAUUAGUAUCAGUCUUAUUAGUAUUUUUGAGAGAUGGCGAUUCUAUUAUUGCAAAGCAAUCUAUUGUUAGUGGGACAAAUUUCUUUUGCAGUGUUCUAGAGGAGUUGGCCCUGCAGUUCCAUCGGCAUGGUAAAGUUGAGAGGUGGCUUGAAGAGCUUUGGGUGUGGAUGGUUAAGUUGAAGGAUGCGGUCCUUGCCAUUGCGUUGGGGCCUGGUCCUUUUGGGGUGAAGAUACUGGCGAUGAAGUUUUUGGAAACAUAUGUGCUACAUUUUACAUCUGAUGCUAAUGAUUUUGAAAAAUCUUCUAUAGAAGGAAGUGGACGGGCUUUUAAUAUUUCUUGGGUGGUUGGUGGUCACCCAGUUCUAGAUCCAGCUUCACUCAUGUCAGAUGCAAAUAGGAUUAUUGGAGUUCUACUAACGUUGUUGCAAUCGGCUAGUAGUCUUUCUGGCUGUUUGACAAUUACUGUUGUCAAUUGUCUUGCGGCCAUAGCAAGGAAGAGGCCUCACCACUACAACACGGUUCUUUCUGCAUUGCUUGAUUUUGAUUCAAGCAUUGAGAUGGUGAAAGGUCAUUCUGCUAGCGUCCAGUAUUCCCUGAGGACUGCCUUUUUAGGAUUCCUAAGGUGUACUUGUCCAACUAUAAUGGAGUCAAGAGAUAGAUUACUUAGAGCACUACGUUCAAUGAAUGCUGGGGAUGCAGCCGAUCAAGUUAUUCGGCAAGUUGAUAAAAUGAUGAAGAAUAAUGAGCGUGCUUCACGUGAUGCUCGGUUGGGCAGGGAUGAUCCACCAUCAAGUCAGCUGUCUGUUCCUGGAGAUCUGUUUAGGAAGAGGUCUAUGCAUCAGGAUAAUGAAGAGCCAACUAAUGGUCAUGGGAUGACUUCCAAACGAAUUCGUUAUGGUCACAACAUGCACUCAGCUUCACAUGUUCAAAUGAGUGAUUCUGGGCAGGACUGUGCUUCUGCUAAUGGUGUCUCUCCGAAGGUGCCUCUGUUGGAUAAUGAUUUGACUCCUGUUGAACAAAUGAUUGCCAUGAUUUGUGCUCUAGUUGCAGAAGGAGAAAGAGGUGCUGAAUCACUUGAAAUCCUUAUAUCCCAAAUCCACCCUGAUCUGUUGGCCGAUAUUAUCGUAACAAAUAUGAAGCAGUUCUCUAAGGUCCUGUCAUCACCUAUAGGAUUUGGGAACUUGCCAGUGUCUGGACAAACUGGUUCUUCAAGCAGUCCAGCUACUGCUGCUCCAACAAUUACAAUGCAGUCUUCAGUUCUCCCAGCACAAGUGCCUUUUUCUACAGCAGCUGCAACAAGCAUGGCACAUUCUGAAAUGUCUACUGUCAUUAAUCUCCCUCCAGAUUCUAAGCGCGAUCCACGGAGGAAAAAUUUUCAGGAUCCUCGUCGGCUGGAUCCACGGCGUGUUGGAGUGCCGGUUGGACUACAAUCUGUACAUAUGGUGGAGGAUACUGGAGCUAUUCAAGCUGAGUUUGAUGGUUCUAUUUCUUUGAGCAAGCCGCCUUCACUUCCUGUUGUCACAAGUGUAGAAAAUACUUCCACAUCUUUGGUGUCCAAAACUGAAGGUGAUGAUAAAAUUUUAAAAAAUGCAUUGAUUUCUGAAACUGAUCAACCAAUUUCCAGAGAGGAGCUUCUGGAUGGAGCCAAGGAAGUUGAUCAUAUUCCAGAGAUUGGUGCUACUUCAGAUGCUGCCCUUUCUCCUGCUCGCACAAUUGAUGAAGACUCGGCUGCACCAGAGUCAUUGGAUAUUGCAGUGGCAGAUGGAGCUGAUACAUCGCCUUUGAUAGAAACUGAUCAACAUUCUCCAGCACGGUCAAAUACUUAUGUGUCUGAAGAGACCAGCAUUGAUUUACCUUUGCCUCCACCAUAUGUUGAGCUGACUGAAGAUCAGAAAAUUAGAUUGAAAAAGUUGGCACUUGAACGGAUUAUCGAUUCGUACGUGUAUUCACGGGAAACAGAUUGUAGCCAUACACGCAUGGCAUUACUUGCUCGAUUGGUUGCUCAGAUUGAUGGUGAUGAGGAUGUGGUUGUGAUGCUGCAAAAACAUGUUCUUUUGGAUUACCAGGGCCAAAAGGGGCAUGAACUUGUACUGCACAUCCUGUACCACCUGCAUGCGCUCAUGAUCUCAGAUUCAGUUGAACACUCUUCAUUUGCUGCUGUUGUAUAUGAAAAAUUUCUUCUUGCAGUGGUAAAAUCUCUGCUGGAAAAAUUACCUGCUUCAGACAAGUCUUUUAGUAAACUGCUCGGUGAAGUUCCUCUUUUGCCCGAUUCUGCCUUGAAAUUGUUAGAUGAUCUCUGCUCUUCUGAUGUUACUGAUCAGCAUGGAAAAGUUCUUCGCGACAGGGAGCGUGUCACUCAGGGCCUUGGUGCAGUAUGGAGUUUGAUUUUGGGCCGCCCACUUAAUAGGCAAGCUUGCUUGAAUAUUGCUUUGAAGUGUGCUGUUCAUUCACAAGAUGACAUUCGAACAAAAGCCAUCCGACUGGUGGCAAACAAACUUUAUCUUCUUAGCUAUAUAUCAGAAAAUAUUCAGCAAUAUGCAACAGAUAUGUUGUUGUCAGCUGUUAAUCAGCAUAUUUCAGAUCCAGAGCUCUCACAAUCUGGUUCCAGUGAUCAAAGAUUAGAAGCGGAGACUGGAAGCCUGGAGACAUCAGUUAGUGGUUCUCAAAUUUCUGAGCCUGGAACAUCUGAAAAUGACCCCAUGAAGGGUUCACAAUCUGUUCAGAACAUCUCGACAGUGGAAUUUCAUCAAGCUCAACGCCUUAUUUCUUUGUUUUUUGCUUUAUGUACAAAGAAACCUAAUCUUCUUCAACUUGUAUUCAAUAUUUAUGGGCGUGCUCCUAAGGCUGUUAAGCAGGCAAUCCAUCGUCAUAUCCCAAUUAUUAUAGGGGCUCUAGGGCCAUUAUAUCCCGAAUUGCUCAGUAUAAUAUCAGAUCCACCAGAAGGAAGUGAAAAUCUGCUGACACAGGUGCUGAAAAUAUUAACUGAAGAGAAGACGCCAACCCCACACCUGAUUGCAAUUGUUAAGCAUUUGUAUGAAACUAAAUUAAAGGACGCCACAAUUCUUAUCCCAAUGCUGUCCUUGCUGUCAAGAAAUGAGGUUUUACCUAUUUUUCCUCGGCUCAUUGACCUUCCAUUGGACAAAUUUCAGGAUGCACUUGCCAAUAUACUACAGGGUUCAGCUCAUACAGGUCCAGCAUUGACGCCUGCAGAAGUGUUGGUUGCUAUCCAUGACAUUAGUCCUGAGAAAGAUGGCAUUGCACUCAAAAAGAUAACAGAAGCUUGCUCUGCUUGUUUUGAGCAACGUACGGUUUUCACACCACAGGUUUUGGCAAAGGCCUUGAACCAGAUGGUUGAUCAUACUCCAUUGCCUCUACUCUUCAUGAGAACAGUAAUUCAGGCAAUUGAUGCUUAUCCUACCCUGGUUGAUUUUGUAAUGGAGAUACUUUCCAAGCUUGUGAGUAAACAGGUGUGGAGAAUGCCAAAGUUGUGGGUCGGGUUCUUGAAAUGUGUGUCUCAGACACAGCCACAUUCUUUCCGUGUACUGUUACAGCUACCAGCUCCACAGCUUGAAAGUGCUCUGAACAAACAUGCUAACCUCAGAGGUCCUCUUUCUGCUUAUGCUAGCCAACCAAGUAUAAAAUCAUCAUUGCCUAGAUCAAUUCUCAUAGUUCUUGGUCUGGUAAAUGAACCCCACAUGCAGCAAUCACACCCUCCAUCGUCUCUGCAUUCAUCAGACACAAGUUCUUCUGUUCAUGGAGCAACUCUAACUUGAUAACUGGGCCUGUUGAGUUCAGAAAUUGACUGAUAACACCAUAGCGGCUGUCAAAAAGACCAAAGUUCAAGCUGUUGAAAAAGAAAGUUAAAAGACUGCUCACACAGCGCCUAGUCACUCAAGCAGAUUAUUUGUCCACUCACCAGUGGAACCUGGAUGAGUUUUUGUGGAAUGUAUAUAAGCUUGAGGUGAAGAAUUGGUCCAACAGAAAUUUCCCCCUUUCUAGCUGCACUAGGGAAUGUAUCAUAGUUAUAUAUAUUUUUUUUGUUCUGUUCUCUCUUUCAUUAUUAUUUUGUUUUUAUUAUUUUAAUUUUUUAUGUUCAUCAUUCCAGGCCUUGUUCAGGUGAAAGGGUGUAUUCUGUUGGGUGGUUAGCGUAAAAAAAGAAACAUAGUUGAAGUCAUUGACCGUUCUCUUGACUCUGUUGGACGUUGGUCCCAAAUGAAAAAUGAUUAUAGAGCUUGUGUUGA